AUGGGCUCCCGGCUCAGCUGCGAGAGUCACGGGACCGGCGCGGCCACCUCUCGGUGCGCGCUGGAUCUGGGGGCAGCUGCUGAGCAGCAGCAGCGGGUUCCGUCCUUUGAUUGCUCCAUCUGCCUGGAGGUGCUGCACCAGCCCGUGAGGACCCAGUGUGGCCACGUAUUCUGUCGCUCAUGUAUUGUUACAAGUGUAAGGAAUAAUACAUGGACAUGUCCUUAUUGCCGGGCUUAUCUUCCUUCGGAAGGAAUUCCAGCUACUGAUAUUGCCAAGAAGAUGAAAGGUCUAUACCAAAACUGCACAGAGUGUGACACACAGGUAUGUCUGAGUGAAAUGAGAGUUCAUUUAAGGACUUGUGAGCAAUAUAUAGAAAAAUAUGGACCUCUGCAAGAGCUUGGAGACACAGUAACAAGAUAUGCCUGUCCAUUUUGCCAGUGUGAGUUGCAUGAAGAUGAUCUAAUGGACCAUUGUCUCACUUAUCAUAGAACAGAAAGGAGAGCAGUGUUCUGUCCAAUUUGUCGUUUAAUACCUGGUGGAGAUCCAAGUUAUUUUAGCAGGAAUUUUAUAAGGCAUCUUCAACUCAGACACACAUUCUACCAUGAAGACUACAUAGAUAUAAACAUAGUAGAAGAAGUCCUUACUGAAAAUGUUCUACACCCGUUGUUUUUAGAAUAUGUGCAAGUGAAUCAUCCAAACAGCACAUAA